GACCGUCUACGGGGAAGAGAAAGGAUAGAGAGGAGGGUCGAGGCCGGGAGCACAGAAGAGGUUGAGACAAAAUACGAUCAUGGAGUCAUACUCGUCACAAUGGAAGAUGAAGUUCAAGAAGAGGUUCUUGAGGUUUGUCUACAGUCAGUGUCUGCCGUUCAAUGUCUUCCGGAGCGAGCCGUGGAAGGACCUUGUCCGACACUUCAAGGACUUGCUGGGGCCAGUGAAGGUUUUGUGGCCUUCGGAGAAUGAGAUUGCUGACAUUGAGAUAGUUGUCCGCACGGCGGACGAUGUGGCAGCUGAUCUCGCGGAGGUCAAUGCUCCUUUCUAUGUCAUGGGGAAUACCAUCAUGUCGGACGGCAGGAAGUCACGCGAUGCUAGACCCAUCGUUAACUUUCUUGUCGGCGGAUCACGUGGGGUGAUGAUGGUCCAGACGAUGAAUAGGGAGGGUGAGCGAGACCGAGCGCCUGAUGUUUUGGUGCGCUUGAUCAAGGUGUUCGACGACUUCCCUCCUAGGUGGGUGAACGCAAUCUGCACCGACUCUGCCUCGGCUUACGUCGUCGCGGCGAACAUGCUCCAAAGGCUUGAGUAGAUGCCAGAGCAUGGGCGAAUCACGUUAUCGGACAAAA